AUGAAUCAAAUUCCUUCCUCAUCAUUCAUUCCAGCACGAGUAUUGCUAGAACCCUCGUCGUUGAAUUUGAACAUCAUUCCCGAGAGGACAAAUUAUUAUUCAAAAAGAAGAGAGGGUAGUUUUUAUGGAAAUCAAUGGGUCGUAGAUUUGAGAAGUGGACAAUUAAAGAAACAAAAGUUUUUUGUGAAAGAUAAAAAAGAAUUUAAUGAAUUAUUAAAUCAAACUUUCAUUCCUCUGGAAGAAAGAUACAUUGGAGGCCCAAUUAUAAGUGGAGAAUCUGUAAAAAAAGAAAAUGAAUUUUCAAUGUUUCAAUUAUUGGAAUCGGUGUGUGAUGUGAUCAAGGACAUAACUUUUGGAAAUUCAUUCUUUGAGAUGUCAGACAGUUUUCAGAGGUUAUUUACACAAUCAAGACUGUUGUAUAAGAAAAUAUUAUCAAAUCGUAAGCAUGUGACGUCUGGUGAUGAGGGAAUUCGUCCUCUUAUUAAUCAGAAAAAAUCAAAACAACACGCCCAAAAAAGCACCAUGAGAUUCUUGCAGCACCUUAAAACAAUUGCUUCAAACAGAAUACGCAUUCGAAAAAUAAUUUAUCGUUUGAAAUUAAUGAAAAGAAGAAUUGAGCAUGAACAACAAUUAACAGAUGUGUCAGCUUUUCAAAAUCUUUAUGAACAUAUUUCAGACAUGAGACAGAGUGUUCACUUCAGGAUAUCAUGUUCUCAGCUGGCCCAAUACUUGUUAAGGAGAGAUGUUUCAUCUUCUACUCCUCGUUUUGACUCUCAAACAAGCGAUAAACAACAACCAGAAAUUCACAACACCCUUAGUCGUCUCUUCAGAGAAUUACAGCGUGAAGUGGAAUCAAUUGUAGGAUUACAUGACAACCAUUGCCAUACAAACAACUCCAUUCUUUCCCAACCUCACAGGCAAUACAUUCACAACCAAAACACAAAGCUUCUCUUUGAGAUGAUUCAACACCAAUUAACGUCUUAA